AUGACUGGUUUUGAUAUAGGCAGUUCGUUAGGUGUUACCUAUGUUGGAAUUCUAUUUGCGCAGAUCCUAUAUGCUUCUACCUGCGCCCAGGUCCUGUAUUAUUCAUGGUACUAUCACGGCGACAGGCUGUCACUGCAGCUUUUGGUUGCAGUUCUAUGGUUCCUGGAUACCGCCGCUACAAUUGUGGAUGUAAAGAUCAUCUGGAGGUAUCUGAUAUCCGGUCAUGCAGAUUUGACCGGGGAUAAUGUUCUCUUCAGUGACACGUCUAUUGAAUAUGCACUUUCGGCGAUAAUGGUCCUGAUUGUACAAUGCUUCUACAUGCGUACAAUAUGGACGCUCUUAUCUAGCAAACGAUACAACGUCCCUCUCAUUGGCAGUAUGGUCACAUGUGCUGUUAUCUCUUGCGUCUGCGGAUUUGUGUGUGUAUACGUUGCAAUUCACGACCCAGGAUUUCCGAAUGUGUUUGCGAGGGCAGAGAAAGCAGCUGUUGUGCAGAUUACCACGGCCUCCAUUGUGGACGUAUUUAUCUCAGCCACACUCAUGUUCAAGUUAAGUAGUGCACAAAGUAGCAGUUCAAGCUAUAUGGACAAAUUCAUCCACAGGCUCAAAGUACACGCGAUAAACCGCGGAAUCUUGACAACCCUUAUACAGGUUAUGACGCUUAUUACUUUCGUCACCUUUUCCAAGGACAGUGUCUACUGGUCCAUCUUCCACCUCCCAGGAAGCAAAGUCUAUGUGAACUCGCUACUCGCAAUAUUAAACGCUCGCCAUCACUACGUGCCUCACAUGACAGACGUUACGAGUGGUUUACUCCUCUCUACAGCGCAACCCACCGGCGACUCUCCGCUUGACACCGUCGUUACUGUGGACUCUGAGCACGACGAGUUUGCAUCUUCUGGAUCUCCCUCUUGAUCUGGGAGUCGGUCGUGUCCGACUCGUACAUCCCUAAACCGAGCUAUUGUGACCUAUAGGCAGAGCCAUGUCCUGUUGCCUGCAUACACCUUUCAAAUCUUCUCUAAC